AGCAAGUGUUUCCUAUGGGCUUGCUGGCUGUCAGGCUUAGUAACAACACUCUGUCUUGUAUUUGUGUUCGGUUUGACGCCGAACUACCCGGCGUGUCGUCGUUUUCUUAUACAUGUUAAUCUGUGCAUGUCGCUACUGCAAAUAGGCUUGGGAGGUGAACCCAACCUUGUCUUGAAAAGCAUCUUUCAACAUAAUAGGGGCACGAAAUUACGAUGCCAUCCCCGAUGGAGGGAUCUUCCAGAGAAGGUGACCUGUUUACUGUGAAACAUGAGCUGAAAAAUGCCAAUCUGACGGGCCAUGUGGAGAGGGUGGGCAUUGAAAACUUUGAGCUUUUAAAAGUGCUGGGCACAGGAGCGUACGGCAAGGUGUUCCUGGUGAGGAAAGUGAGUGGCCACGAUGCGGGGAAGCUCUACGCCAUGAAGGUUUUGAAGAAGGCCACCAUUGUGCAGAAAGCAAAGACAGCUGAACACACGCGGACGGAGCGGCAAGUUCUGGAGCACAUCCGCCAGUCCCCGUUCCUCGUCACACUUCACUAUGCCUUCCAGACGGAUACCAAGCUGCACCUCAUUCUUGAUUACGUGAAUGGUGGAGAGCUCUUCACACACUUGGUGCAAAGGGUGCGGUUUAAGGAGCAAGAAGUAGCCUUGUACAGUGGAGAGAUUGUGUUGGCACUAGAACAUCUGCACAAGCUUGGGAUCGUCUACCGAGACCUGAAACUUGAAAAUAUCUUACUGGAUUCCAGUGGUCAUAUAGUUCUCACAGACUUUGGCCUCAGUAAAGAAUUUGAUCAGGUUGAGAGAGCGUUCUCUGUCUGUGGAACCAUUGAAUACAUGGCUCCAGAAAUAGUAGAAGGAGGAGAGUCUGGACAUGACAAGGCAGUGGACUGGUGGAGCCUCGGUGUGUUGAUGUACGAGCUUUUGACCGGUGGCUCUCCCUUCACCGUUGAUGGAGAUGAGAACUCACACACAGACAUCGCAAAACGGAUUUCCAAAAAGGAUCCUCCUUUCCCCAAAGACAUGGGACCACUGGCCAAAGACCUAAUCCAGCGACUCCUCAUUAAAGAUCCAAAGAAGAGGUUAGGCUCAGGUCCUAAUGGAGCCGAGAAUGUGAAGAAACACCCGUUUUACCAGAAAAUAAAUUGGGAGGACUUGGCAGCAAAGAAGGUGCCGGCACCAUUCAAGCCAGUGAUUCGGGACGAGCUGGACGUCAGCAACUUUGCAGACGAGUUCACAGAGAUGGACCCCACCUACUCCCCUGCAGCCCUGCCUCAGAACUGUGACCGUAUCUUCCAGGGGUAUUCUUUCAUGGCCCCCUCCAUCCUGUUUAAGAGGAAUGUGGUGAUGGACGACCCUGUCCAGCUGUGUGGGGGCUCUGAGAGGCCAGGCUCUGCCGCGGUGGCCCGCAGCGCCAUGAUGAAGGACUCUCCUUUCUAUAUCAGCUAUGAGAUGGACCUGAAGGACAGUGCUCUGGGGGAGGGAAGCUUCUCCAUCUGUAGACGGUGCACACACAAGAAGACGGGCCAGAAAUAUGCAGUCAAGAUUGUCAGCAAGAGAAUGGAGGCACAGACUCAGCGGGAAAUCGCGGCCCUGAAGCUGUGCGACGGCCACCCUAAUAUUGUCAAGUUACAUGAAAUUUACCACGAUCAGCUCCACACGUACCUGGUUCUUGAGCUGCUCGGCGGAGGGGAGUUGCUGGAGAGAAUCCGCAGGAAGCAGCAUUUCAGUGAGACGGAGGCCAGCCGCAUCAUGCGCAAACUGGUGUCUGCUGUCAGUCACAUGCACGACGUGGGCGUGGUGCACAGGGACCUUAAACCGGAGAACCUGCUCUUCACUGACGAGAGUGAGAACUCCGAGAUAAAAAUCAUAGACUUUGGCUUUGCUCGCCUCAAACCACCAGACAAUCAGCUCCUGAAGACUCCCUGCUUCACCCUGCAGUACGCCGCACCAGAGAUACUCAAAUAUGAUGGCUACGAUGAGUCCUGUGACCUGUGGAGUCUUGGUGUCAUUCUGUACACCAUGCUGUCUGGCCAGGUCCCUUUCCAGUGCCAGGAGAAGAGCGUGACCCACACCAGUGCUGAGGAGAUAAUGAAGAAAAUCAAACAGGGAGACUUCUCUUUCGAAGGAGAAGCCUGGAGAAAUGUGUCCCAGCAGGCGAAGGACCUGAUACAAGAGCUGCUGACGGUGGACCCGAACAAGAGGAUUAAAAUGUCCGGCCUGCGUUACAACGCCUGGCUCCAGGACGACAGCCAGCUGUCCUCCAACCCACUCAUGACCCCGGACAUUCUGGGCUCCUCCACUGCCUCCGUCCACACUUACGUCAAAGCUACCUUUAAUGCAUUUAACAAGUGCAAGCGGGAAGGUUUCCGCCUGCAGACGGUGGACAAAGCGCCGCUCGCGAAGAGGAGGAAGAUGAAAAAGACAAGUACCAGCACAGAGACCCGCAGCAGCUCCAGCGAGAGCACCCAUUCUUCGUCCUCCUCCUCCCAGUCUCAGGAGAAGACUUUCACGGAGGGCGACGCCAACCCGCAGCCCUCCAACAACACUCCUCUCACCACCCCCGUCAACACGCCGGUGGCACUGGGAACGGACUCCGGCCACCAGCCGCCUCCUCCAGCCUUCCACUUCUCAGAAGGACAGUGAAACGAAAGGAGAAAUCCGGAUUUAGACGGACCGGCGGGCCGAAGGGUGGCUCGGACCGGCGCAGAGACCGCUCUCUUCCCUCCCUCUGUCCCUGGCAGCUCUCUGCCUCUGGCUCGAUUGCAUGGAUGUCUCCAGAAACCAAGCAUGCAGCAGGAGCAGCAGCCGUCACCUCAAAAUAUCAACCAGUUAAUCUGUCAUCACUAGCAAUAGCCAAUCCCUUCUCUCUCUCUCUCUCUCUCUCUCUCCCUCUCUCUCUCUCUAUGACUUUCACACACAUACUGUAUCAAUCAGGGACCUGGACCAGGAAGAAGUUGUCACCGGUGACAUAAAUGAAAAAAGGGCUGCGCUACUACUGCCCCCCCCCCCGGUCCAGACACACAGCGGAGGGACCCUUUAGUGUCAUCAUGAAACCACCGUCUGUCCGCUCCUCUUACCUGUCCUUGUCCUUGUCUCCAGAGGUUUUUAAAGGGAAAGUCAUAGUGUUUACACCUCGAAUGCUUUGUAUUUUUAGUCUUGGGGGAGGGGUGGUGGGGGGUGUUCAGCGUAACAUAACGUGGGUCCACUUCUCUGUUGUGGGAAGUCUCUGCAAGAUGGGACUGGUUAUUUAUAUGUGAAACUUUACAGACUGAAAUGUAUUUAUGAUAAGCUAUAUUGUUAACUUAUUUAUGGUUCAGAGGGAUCUGAAAAGAAAUAACAGAUACAGCAAGUCUUUAAACAAAAAAAAAACAAAAGGGAAAUAUUUUGUUUAUGUGUGUGUGUUUGUGCGUCAGCUCUAAUGACUGUUUCGGUGUAGUCGCCAGUCGUUCAUACCUUUUGUAGUUAUGUUACAAGUCGAUGCCUCUCGAGGGGCACGGAGACAUGGUCAUCCAUUUUUAGAAUAUCGUCAGCACAAAGAGAUUAUUACCAUUAGCUGUUAAUGGUGACUCAGAUUCAUGUGACCCGAGUCCUUUGAUGGAUUUUAAGAUGAUUUCUGGAGGCUGGUGUGUAAACAUCUUUUUUAUUUGUUGUUGUUUCAGAAACAAAUGUGGAUGUAUGUGUUCAGCCAAAUCUGUUGUGUUGUUGUUAUUUAGGGAUUACUUGCCGCCGGAGGGGAUGUGACCCUUCAAGAGCGGCUAUAUUUAGGCUUCUUUUUGCCUCUAUUGCGGGCAGAAUGACUACUACAAGACUCAGCACUGCUGCUGUUCCACAUGGCCUGAUCUCGACUCAGUAUUUAGCCCAGCAGUGGAUUUGCCUUGUGCCAUAUGAGACUUUAAUUGUCUCAUUAACACCCUGACCAAUUGGAUUGAGUAGAAAGCCCCAAAUGGAAAAUUGUGAUGAGCUUAGUGUGAGGUGGAUGCGCGUGGAGAGAGCUCGAGUUUUCUCUGAUCCAAGAUGCCAAAGGGCCAGCUGAAGUGACCUAAAUAUUUGAAUAUGGAAGGUUUAUGUGCCAAAAAAAAAGCACCUGAACCGAUAGUAUAGCACAAAAAAACUGCUUUUGUCACUUUCCCCGAGUCUUAAAAUUACUGCAAGAUAAAUAUACCCUCGAUGAAAGUUUCUAAGGAAAAACCUCAUGCAGCCUCUCUUUUCUCCGUGACGCCGUCUCAGACCUACUUCCACAUCACCGCAUGACUGAAAUGAUGGUCUUCGACCUGUGUGACACUUUGAGGCAGAUAUCUGGUUAAUAAUAUGAAAUUCCCAGCGCGUAAGGUGAACUGAAACAUCAGCCACUUUUCUUCUUGGUCUUUUUUGGGCUUUCAUUUGUAUUUUAUUUGGCAGAUUUUUGUUUACACGAACAUUUAAAUAUCUCCUGAAAUUUUGCAAAUGAAAGUCAAUCUACCAAAACUCCCUUUAUAUAAUAACCUAAACAUUGUAUUAUCCCAGUUUUGUUUAUUUACUUUUUUAUAGUAUAAAUUUGCCUGUUUUUUAUGGUGUUGAUACAGCAUUUGGUGAACGGUGUGUAACGUUGUGUGACGCUGCCUACAAACAGUUCAUCCUGUUAAUUCAGGAUGCAUUUUCUUAUUUGACCUGCCAUGUGCAUUUAAACUCACUCCCUCAUUCUCUUCCAUUUAAAUGCACUCUUGUUUCAGAACCAAAGCAUUAACUUCAAGGUAGCUGCUUUAAGCUGCAUGGGAUUUAUUUUCCUUUCAUGCAAAUAUGCAAAGAAAUGCUUCAUAUGUCACACUUUGUUUUGUCCAGUCAGUAAAAUAUUUUGUUUUUCCAGCUCAGAUUUUUCUGUUUGUUUGUUUUUUUGUAAUAGUCUAUGCUGUGUAGGUGUGUGUGUGUGUGUGUGUGUGUGAGUGUUUUUUUUUUUUCUCCUGUAAAGAAUCUGUGUAUCAGUGUAAGGCACAUUAUCACGCUUAAAACUAUGCAUCUGUUUUUUUGUUGUUGUGUUGACGCCGUCUCAUCGAACGCAUUUAGGUUAAAAAGAGCAUCAUACGUACGCUGUAUUCCCGCUCCCAUAGAAAACAGCAAAGUAAGAUCCAUCGCCCAUAUGAAAGAGCUGGAAUCCUUGAAGCUAAACACUACAAAGCUCUUGUCUAACUUAGUUCGCAUGAGUUCCCCGUUGCUGCCUCAUUAAGCCUCUUUUCUUUUGUUUGGGUGUAUUAAUAGCUCAAGUGGAGGAAGAGGAAGAGUGUCCUAUAUUGAGCUCCCCUCUGGGAGCCAGGCUCUAUUAGUUGAUGCGCUGCAGCGCUGUUUGUUCCAAAGAAAAUACCGUUCUCCACUCACUGCCUCUGUGGGACCCGGCUCACUUUCUUUGUAGGGAAAAUAACCACGCAUCACAGGAGAGGGUUGGUUUUGUACCAGCGCCUCUCGGGGAUGAUUCUCAAACUAGGUUUUCCCCUCUUUGAUGAGCAGCGUGUUCGCGGAGCCGCUGAGGAACAGAGAGUGAAAGGGAGGGAGGCUGGAUUUGAUUUGAGGUCCUGUUGUCUUUGAUGCUUUUUUGUUUUUUGUUUUUUUUUUUUUAGGAAUUUUAAUCAAAGUUCUUUUUCUGCCUACAGUGCUUCCUCUUUCUCAAGCAAAACAUCACACCUAAUGAGCUGAACCUUUGUAUAGUUUACAGACAAUAAUUAGGGUUUUUUUUUUUUUUUUUUUUUCUGAGGUGCUUGUUGCCCAAAGAAAUCAGACGGAGGUAUGUGUGUCAUGAUUAGGAGACAGACACUGGCACCGAGUGGCUUCCUGUACUGAACUUACGGCUUUUUUUUUUUUCUUUUCCCCUCCUAUAUUUCUUGAAUCCUGCUUUAAGAGCAGAAUCCACCUGGAGCUGUCCAUGGUGCUGAAGUGUCCCUGCUUUCUGUUGCUGAUAGUAAACAGUAAUAAAAUGAAAUGGCACGAUCCUCUAAAGGGGCGCCAUGUGGAAUUUAAGUCAUGUCUCAGUUGUUUGGUUAGGCAGCGGUGUUGAUUCUUUUCUUCACCUGGAUUUAAGAGUUUUGUCUAUUCAGCUUUAAAUUUCUGGUUGGUAGGUGUAGUCAUCCCGAAUGAUUUCAAUAUAUAAACAGCAUCUACCUUAUCAUGUAGACGAUAUCACUGUGCAGUAGCAAAAGCUUCAGACAUUUUUUUUUGUUUUUCAAUGUUCCUCCAGCUGCUUUUGUGAGUGACUCAAUGCACCAUCUUGUAGUGAAAACAUGUUUUACCAGACUGAACAGGCUGAGGGAAGUGGGGGAAACAUGCUGAUUUUGGAUAGAUAUGCCAGCAGCACAUGACAAAACUGUCCUUGAGGUGACUGGUUUGGAUAUAUUAUUAGACAUAAUACAAAACCUUUGCAGGCCAGAGCUCAGCUAUGUGGAAUAUGAAUAAGCAAGUUUGAUAGGCGACUUUUUGAUAUGUGUUAUAUUGCAGAUUGUCUAAUAAUAAUUUAGAAAAAGCAUCAAGAUGUAAGUGAACUUCUUGGAGAUUUUUGGUCACCAUAAUUGCGAUGACCCUAAACCUUCUGUGAGGAGUUUGCACGUUAUUCCUGUGUGUGAAUUUUCCAGCUUUGUCCCGCUGUUCUAAAGUUUUAAAUUUGUUUCUCUAAUUUUCCCAGAGGUGUGAUAUUAAUUGUGUGGUUGUCUUCCUCUUUGUGUUGGCACUGUGAUCUGACGUCACCCACAGCUUGGAUCGGCUGUAAUGCGGAGUUGAAUAAAGUGAUAUAAAAGAUAGAUGCCAAUAAAUUGAGGAGUCAAACAGCUGGCACAGUGAAAGUCCUGAAAACCUCCCGUACCCUGUCUCGUCAGGUCGUCUGAAAUUGAUGCUCGGUGCGUCAUCAGGUUCACUUUUCCAUGUGAAUUUCGCAUAUUAAGCAACAAAAGGGGAGUUUUCAUGCAUGUGCAGACGGAGAGGGAUGUGAGGCAUCAGUCUCGUCACUGUCACUGCUGUCUUCAUGCACGUGCAGCCGCUUGAUUCCUGUCAGUAUUCUCUCUGUCAUGUUGUUAAUGAAGCGUGUCAAAAAGUACUGUAGCAGUAAUCCCUUUGAGAUUGGUCAUUACUAAACUGUUUGAAAAACAGUCGAGCUUUAAAAAGGGCAAAACUUUUGCACUUGUGUGUUGUUUUAAUUAUGCAGGUGAGUUUUGGUUUUCUCGUAGAGUGUCUUCUUCGUGCAGGUUCAGAUGUUGAACUCUUCUCUCGUGUCGCCGUCCAAACAUCUCUGAGUGAUGAUAUGACAUAAACCUCGACAGCAGUACUUUUCCUUCCCGCAAGGAAACACAAAACAACAUGAGCGUAUCUGCUUCUUAGGGCACUGUGAAAAAUCAUCGUUCAGGUCUUCAGGCACAACAUCGAUACCGACAGAAAAAAAGAAAGAAAAAGCAACAACAGCAACCAUGAACUGCUUCAAUAAAUGCUUUACCUGCUGGCUGAGAACAUCUGUACAUUAAAUAGCCCGAUACCCAGUCAUGAUGAGUCUUUUAAUAGAUCUUCGGCUUCGUUGUACUUUCGAGUGUAUUUCCAUCAUUACUGACGUUAUUUUGUGAUACCAAGGUUUGUUUGUUUGUGUGUGUGUGAGUUGUCAGAAUUACAAUAAACAUAAGUUUUCCUGUU